AUGAAGGAUUCCUCGUCUCAAAGAACGACGCAUCGGUUGAAAAGUAGUAGUACAUCUACAAAGCCAUCUCACGACCCGAGAGAGCAUCAGGGCGACAGCAUUGCGCCAAGAAAUGCAUCAGUUGAACGAUUUGAACAUAAAACAGAAGCUCCAAGCUUGAAGCUGGAAAAAAUAAGACGAAGGGCAAUGAAGGAGCAUCGUGAAAUGUGGUAUUAUCUUAGCGCUGAAGUCACAAAAAUUAACAAAAACUUAGGAAGUUCUCUGAAAGCAAGAUUAACGGAAAUGUUGGAUAACUUUGCGGAAAUGCAUCGAACUUUGGGAAACAACCUCGACAGAAUAAACAAUCAUGAUUCCCUGUUAAGCUGGCGUAAGAAAGAGCAAGCGAAGCUUAGCAAACUAGUACAAAACCGUUUGAAGCGUUUACAGAAUCCAAAGGACUGUAAUUCCGCACGGAAACUGCUAUGCGAUUUGAACAAAGGCUGUGGUUACGGAUGUCAAGUGCACCAUCUUUUAUAUUGUUUUAUAACCGCAUAUGGCACUAAACGAACGCUAAUCAUAAACUCUUACGGCUGGAGAUAUUCGGAAAAGGGUUGGGAGGGUGUAUUUGUACCAGCCAGCAACACAUGCACAGUUGCUAAAGGACAGCACGAAAUGUGGUCAGUAAAUUCUGAAAACAGUAAGAUCGUUCAACUACCAAUUGUCGAUGGCAUAUACCCCGAGCCCAAACACCUACCUCUUGCGGUUCCCAAGGAUUUGGUAGAAAGGAUCCAGUCGUUCCACGGUUUCCCCUUUGUGUGGUGGAUUGGACAGUUUGCCAAGUAUUUGUUCCAAUAUCAACCUAAAAUUAAGCAAGAAAUUGAUGAAAAAAAAAUUAUGUUAGGUUUUAAAACUCCGAUUGUAGGAAUUCACAUUCGUCGAACAGACAAAGUCAAUGUUGGCGAAGCGGCUUACCAUUCAAUCGAAGAGUACAUGUACUGGGUUGAUUUGUAUUACAAGAAACUUUCUUUAUCCCAGAAAGUUGAUCAGAAGAAUGUUUAUCUGGCUUCAGAUGACUUCACUGUUCUGUCUGAAGCAAAGAAAAAGUAUCCACAUUAUAACUUUGUAAGUGAUAAUGAAAUCUCGAAGUCUGCUGGAGUUAAUGAACGAUACAACGAGAAUUCACUUCAUGGAUUAAUUUUCGAUAUUCAAAUGCUCUCCGAGUGUGAUUUCAUUGUCUGUACGUUAUCGUCACAGGUAUGUCGUGUCGCCUAUGAAAUGAUGCAGGCUAAUUCACCAACAGACGCUUCAGAGAGAGUCCAGUCACUCGAUGACGUGUAUUACUUUGGUGGACAAUCUGUGAACGACGUUCAAGCAGUUUAUUCAUACAAAGCUAAGAAUUAUAAUGAAGUGAACAUGAAACCAGGUGACAGAUUGAAAAUUGCGGGCAAUCAUUGGGAUGGGUUCUCUAAGGGGACUUCGAGGGCGAACGGUAAACUUGGAAUGUUCCCUUCUUAUUUAGUAGAGAAAUAUGUUCAUAUUGUAGACUUUCCUGAUUAUUCAGAUUUUGAUAAAGAGUUGAAAUGAAUCUGUAUUUAUUAUCGCCGAUUUGGCGUUCAUAAGUCUAGUUUAUUAGCAAAUAAUUAUAUUUAAUCGAGACUUUUAUGGGACAAAAGCAGCGAUUAACUCCACAUUUCGCAAGCCGAAGAUACGAACAAUCAUUUUAUGCACAUAGGUCAGUCCAUUGUAUUAAAAAUAGGUUUAAUUGAUUAUCAUAUUACUAAAUAUUCAUAAAUUUAACGAUAAUAGAUAAAUUUUUAUUUAUAUCGUUUUUUAAUUG